GGCUGCGCGAGCGUUCGCAGGGCGGAGCAACAGAGGUUUGGGUUCAGAAUGUGUGCUGGAGUUUGCGCGGAGACAGAAGAGAAAAUGAGACAAAACAGCCGAAGGGCAAGCGUGUGCUGUAAAUAAAACAACGAAAUGGCUUUGAUACAAACGGACACCAAUGACAAAGGGAACGGACUAGUCAGUACUCUACAAAGUGGCGUCAGAAAACUCUGUCCAAGUUCUAAAACAGCGAACAUGCAGCCAAAGGACACAGAGUUCAGCACACAAGGUCUCCCAAAAGCUUUCCUUCACAGUUUACGGACUUUAUUCGAUAUUCUUGACGACGGAAGACGAGGUUACGUCCAUAUAUCUGAGAUUGAGAGUCGGUGGCGCGGCGCGGAGGCUCGCGAUUUACCCGCGGGGGUCCUGGAGAGUCUGAGGCGCGUUGCGCCGCGUCACGGCUGCCUGAGCUUCGAGCGGUUCGUCGCGGGGCUCAGAAACGCGAUGUUCAAUCCCGAAAAUGGCAGCAGAUCGAUCGCUUCAAACCACCAACAGCAACUGAAUCCCCCGCAGAGAGCCGUGCGUCCGCUCGGACCGAGUAACGGAACAAACACACUCCACAGCCGCCAGAACGUACGGAAUGGACCGCAGGACAGCUCUGUCUAUUCUGCGCUGUACCCGGGGUUCUCGGUCGCAUCGCGGGGCUGCGGAGGACUCGAGAGAACGGACUGUUCACAUCGAUCCGAUCCGAUACACAUCGGGAAAAACGCGCAUCAGAUCCGAUCCAUUGAAUCGCUCGCUCUGGAACCUCCUGAUGCCCAAAACACAGCAGAGAGUGGUGGUCUGCCUCGGUCAAAGAGUGAAACUAUGACAGGAUUCACACGAUCCCGACGCCACACGAGGAGUCGCGACGAGAGACGCCACACCAUCACAAACGGAGUGGAUUAUGAGAUGCUGAAGCAGAUGAAGGAGCUGGAGCAGGAGAAAGACUCUCUGCUGGCUGGCCUGGAUGUGUUGGAGCGAGCCAGAGAAUGGUACCAGACACAGAUCCACAACAUCACUGAGACGCAGAGAAACAUCGGCCAGAGACGCCACUCCACUGAGUUUUUGGCUGAAUCUGGUCAAAGUCAGCUGGAUGUUGUUCUGCCUAAACUACAGGACGUCACGCGCUGCCUCCGCGAUUUGCUCUCAAUCUCUGGGAAGACCUUCCCAUCCACCGGCUCCUCCAGCGCUCCUCCUGCUCCUGUGCCUCCUGCGCCUCCUCAGGCCAUCCACAUACUGAAGGAGCAGAACCGGCUCCUCACACAGGAGGUGACGGAGAAAAGUGAGCGCAUCACUCAGCUGGAGCAGGAGAAAUCGGCUCUGAUCAAGCAGCUGUUUGAAGCUCGAGCUCGCAGCGCUCAUGAUAGCAGCGCUCUCGACUCCACCUUCAUCUGACAGCAUCAGACAUCACCAAUCACACACCACACUCAAUCAUCUGAGACCGAGAGGACCAGAGCCAAGCUACGGCAUCAAAACAUGACUCACGAGGAGCUCUCAUGAUUUCACCUGUACAUGAGACGAGCAGAAGAAUAAACUGGAUUCCAGUGCGGAGCAGAGAAACACGUCUGAACGGAGGCUGCGGUUCAUUUCUUCUGUGUCGUCGACAUGAACCGAAUGUUUAUCUGAACAGUUGAUUAGCGAGGGCAGGUACUUACGUAGACUUUUCCGUUUGGUUUGGUUUCAUUUGGUUUGUUUUGGCUGCGGUGCUUUAACUAGUGUGCUGUUUUCUCUGAAAGGGUAGUGUUUUUAAAUUCCUCUCAGUUAAAGGUGACAUGCAAUGUAAAAAGGCUUCUUGAAGACGUGAUGUAACACAAGCAGCGAUAGAUCGUCUGUAUUGUGAUCGAAAAAGACUAAAUGUAGGCCGGCAUUGGUUCAGUCCAUCUCUUGUUGAUUGGAUGGAGGUGGAUCUGAAUCUGAAUUUACAGUAGAAGAAAAUGAUCAAAGAAAUCCUGCAUAGGCCACUAGAGAGAAGACGUUAAGAUAUUGUAAAUGCACCUCAAGAGCAUUUGAUUCUGUUCCAGUCAGGUGCGCUCCGACUGGCUUUGAAUCUUUGAUUAAGAAACCAUAUCAAGCUUCUCAGAAUAAUAAUAAUAAUAAUAAUAAUAAUAAUAAUGUCAUUGCAUAUGUGCAUGCUCUCAGAUACCACAGAAAACUGACUCUUACACCAGUUUAUAAAGAAGGACGUGUUUUUAAUAAUGGAAAUCAUUUAAAAGCAGAAAUGUGAAGCUUGUUUUUGUUGAAACUCUUGGAUUCAUUCUUUAGUAAAGCGAUUGAUAAUUGAGCUGGUGAUGGCUCAUAAUGAUUGACAGCUGCUCACAGACGCCCUCGAUAGAUAUUAUGUUGAAAAUCACCUGAAAUAUUCCUGUAACACUGGCUCUGCAUCUUUUAUGCACAUUUGUCUCUCAGUUCUCUGGUUGCUGGAUGGAGCUGUGAAGGGUUUGUGGUUUGAUUCGUUGUCAGUGUUUCAUACGGUGAGCGAUGGUUUCUUUCAUUGGCUUUCUGCUUUAUAUCUCACCUGACCGAUAAAACACGAUUUUCAAGAUGAAUCUCUGCUGGAGACUACCGUGACUUCUUAGGAAUAAUUUCUGGAAAUGUUUCCAGAAUAUAUUUACUAUGUUAUACAGCCAUAUAUAAACACAACAUGGCAUGAAGGUGGAUUUCAGAAAGAACAAGAACCUGAUGGCAAGAAGGUCAAACUGAGAAAGGAAGGAUGUUUGUGGACGUGUUAUUACGAUCAUCAUCAGAUCGCAGUGAAUGUGGAGAAACGUAUGUUUCCACAAGAUGCACUAAAAUACAUGAUUCAGUUCAAUCCAGUGAAGCCUCAGUCUGUCCACUUGUUUUCUGUCCUUCCUAGUUCUGAGUUUAUCCCUGUGUGCUGUAUGAGAUUUGCUAAUAACCUCGCCUCUGUAAGGCCCAGAUGAUCUGCACUGUGGCUCGUGCUUUCAGUUAUUACAUGGAAUAAAUAAGCUAUCGAGUUUACAGGAGCUGAACGUGUGUCCAUGUUCAUAAUAAUAAUAUCAUCAGACGAAACAAUCAGUGGAAAGAACGCAGUGUUUGUCCUCAAUCUGCAGGGAGCGAUGGUGCUUCGGAAAAAUGAUCCUUAAAUGAUCGUUAAGAGACUCUACAGGAGAACAAUCAAUGAAGCUGAAGAACACUAAUGUCAUUAGAGGCUUUAUAUUUGCCACAGCUGUGUGUUUUACAUAUGAAUCUAAUCAAACUGUUGAUUUAACUCUCAACACUCCCUUUCUUUUGCACAUGUAAUCCACAACAAACUCUUCCAUUAUUAAAACAAGUCGUGUUUAUUCUUGACA